AUGUUUAACUCGGUCAACCUGGGCAACUUCUGCUCGCCGUCGCGCAAGGAGAGGGGCGCCGAUUUCGGCGAGCGAGGGAGCUGCGCCUCCAACCUCUAUCUGCCCAGUUGCACUUACUACGUGCCCGAGUUCUCCACGGUCUCCUCCUUCCUGCCCCAGGCCCCCUCUCGUCAGAUCUCCUAUCCCUACCCGGCCCAAGUGCCCCCGGUCCGAGAGGUCUCCUACGGCCUGGAGCCCUCCGGCAAGUGGCACCCCCGGAACAGCUACUCCUCCUGCUAUGCGGCGGCCGACGAGCUCAUGCACCGGGAGUGCCUGCCUCCUUCCACCGUCACCGAGAUCCUCAUGAAAAACGAAGGCUCCUACGGCGGCCACCACCACCCCAGCGCCCCGCACGCCGCCCCCGCCGGCUUCUACUCCUCAGUCAACAAGAACAGCGUUCUGCCCCAAGCCUUUGACCGCUUCUUCGACAACGCCUACUGCGGCGGCGGCGACCCACCCGCCGAGCCCCCCUGCCCGGGCAAGGGUGAGGCCAAAGGCGAGCCUGAGGCGCCCCCGGUCUCGGGACUGGCGUCCCGGGCUGAGGCGGGGGCCGAGGCCGAGGCCGAGGAGGAGAACACGAAUCCCAGCUCGUCCGGUUCAGCCCACUCGGCGGCCAAGGAGCCGGCCAAGGGAGCCGCCCCCAACGCCCCCCGCACCCGCAAGAAGCGCUGCCCUUAUUCGAAAUUCCAGAUCCGGGAACUGGAGCGAGAGUUUUUCUUCAACGUGUAUAUCAACAAAGAGAAGCGGCUACAGCUGUCUCGGAUGCUGAACCUGACGGACCGACAAGUGAAAAUUUGGUUUCAGAACAGAAGGAUGAAAGAAAAAAAACUAAGCAGAGACCGGCUGCAGUAUUUCUCGGGAAAUCCUCUGCUGUAA